AUGUUUAAUUUCUUUAACAACCAACAACAGGGCCAGCAACAAGAGCCGCAAUUUGACUUCGAGGGCCGCGUUCUCGAAAGCCUGUGCAAUGAGUAUCUCUGCCCCGACACUUUGGCUUGUGUUGCUCUGCCCAAAGAAUGUCCAUGCAAGUUUCCAUCGUCGCAGCUCAGGUGUGUUUUGCCUAACCAGGAGUACAUAUGUAUUUCGAAGCCAGCUGGUAAUUUGGAAGGCAAAUAUGAUGACCCGGCACUGAACUGGAAAGUGGACGCGAAGGACGAUAAUGUGAGGGACUGUGGUUGGGUGAAGAGGGCCUGGCUGGGGGCUUUGUAG